CGUCUCGACCCUGUUGAUCUCUUUUCUCACUAGAUAACUACGGUAUUUUCCAAUAACUGUGAGUAAGGAUAUGGUGUCAUCGCCUACGCGGUAGGACUUGAUGCCCUCCGACUAUGGACUUUACCUACGGUUAGCAUACGAAGUAUUAAACUCCUAUCGACGAAGCCCGGCCUGGUCGCCGAAAUUGUCGGGCAAUGGAUGAGAGGGCUGGAUUUGAGAAUGAUAGUACGACAAGUACUGAUGAGGCGCCGGAAUACACGCCGUCUGGAAAUGUGUCAGGCUCUCGAACCAAAGUCAAGGCUAAGCGGAAUGAUGACGGCCACGCAGCCAAACGCCGAUGCGUGAGCUCCGCAUGUAUUGCCUGCCGUCGAAGAAAGUCAAAGUGCGACGGAAAUCUUCCUAGUUGUGCCGCCUGUUCAUCCGUGUACCAUACCCCAUGUAUAUACGAUCCGAACUCCGAUCAUCGUAGGAAAGGCGUCUAUAAGAAAGAUAUCGAUAACCUUCGAACCAGAAACACAACCUUGCAAACCCUCAUACAUGCGAUCUUGAAUUAUGAUGAAGACAGUGCAUUUGAACUGGUUCGCCAAAUCCGCUUAUGCGAUAGCUUGGAGGAUGUAGCAGAUGCUAUUAUGAAUCGAGAGCAAGGAAUAUCCACGCCGCCCGUGUCGGCCCAACGCGAACAACCAGUAGUCGAAGACCACACGGCAACAGACCAGUUCGAAUCAGAGCUCGCAGGGAAAAUGAGUGAGUUGGUGCUUGAUGGUUCUGUCAAAUUCAUCGGUGGCACGUCCAACCUGCUAUUCCUACCGCCGGAUUUACAACUGGAUGAGGAGAGUUCAUCUCGCAAUGAUUUGGUGAACACAAAGCAAGGAUCGAGAUUUUCAGUCGCUCAGUGGACGAGGGUCACGGAUGAUGAAGCAUUGGUGAAGCAUUUGAUGAACAUGUACUUCACUUGGCAUUAUGCUUAUUUCACCACGUUGUCUAAAAACCUUUUUUAUCGAGACUUUCGACGUGGCCAACCCAGCGCGUACUGCUCAUCCUUCUUGGUGAAUACGAUGCUCGCGCUAGGUUGUCACUUCAGCUCGUGGCCCGGCGCAUACGAACACCCAGAAGAUUCUGCGACAGCUGGUGACCAUUUCUUCAGAGAAGCGAAACGGUUGCUGUUGGAGCACGAUGAACAUGAAAAGGCUAAACUCUGCACUGUACAAGCGCUAGCAUUGAUGUCUGUUCGAGAGGCGGGCUGUGGCCGGGAAGGCAAAGGCUGGGUUUACAGUGGCAUGAGUUUUCGCAUGGCCUAUGAUUUAGGGCUCAAUUUUGGUUCCACAAAUCUAGGCUCGAGUAAGUUGAUGGAGGAAGAUAUUGAUGCUCGAAGAAUCACUUUCUGGGGUUGCUAUCUAUUCGACAAAUGCUGGUCAAAUUAUCUGGGCCGCCAACCACAAUUAUCACUUGCCGAUGCAACAGUCCCCAAGUUUGAAGUUUAUCCUGCUGAGGAGGCGGCACCGUGGGUCCCCUAUACGGAUAACGGCAUUGGGCGAGAGCGUCCACAGCCUGCGCGGACUCGUGCAGUAGCCUUGCAAAUUUCAAAACUCUGCGAGAUCAGUAACGAUCUUUUGGCGUUCUUCUACCAUCCUAUGCCUACGGAAAAACAACCUUCGCGGCAAGCCGAACUCUCAAAACUCAGCGAUCUCCAUACUCGACUUGAGGCUUGGAAGAAGGGGUUGCCCGCUGAAAUGGAGCCCAAAGACGGUCAACUACCACCCGUCUUACUCAUGCAUAUGUUCUAUCAACUUCUGUUCAUCCAUCUAUACCGCCCUUUCCUCAAAUAUACCAAGUCAACAUCACCCCUACCGCAACACGUCUCACCACGAAGAUUAUGCUCACAAGCUGCGGCUGCCAUAUCCAAAUUGCUUCGAAUCUACAAAAAGUCCUAUGGUUUGCGCCAAAUUUGUAAUAUUGCAGUAUACAUUGUUCAUUCGGCUUGCACAAUUCAUCUCCUAAACCUACCAGACCGAAACGCUAGACGGGAUCUUAUUCACGGUGUUCGGAACCUGGAAGAAAUAGGCGAAGGCUGGCUUUGCGCUCGACGUACUCUAAGGAUUCUGGAUCUAUCUGCUGUUAAAUGGCAUAUCGAGAUACCCAAUGAGGUUACUGCGGUCUUUGAUCGAACGCGUGUUAAAUGGGGUUCUUGGGGCACCUGGGAUCAAGUAACUUCACCUAGUGUUUCCGAAACGUCACCAAUGUCGGCUACCGCUACUAUGAGCGUACCUGUUACUCACAAAAAGCACGACAAUCUCUACACUUCAUCAACUACUCUUCCGCAACAGCAACCAGCGUUGUCACAUUCGAAUUGCGGAACAACAUAUGCGACAAUGCCCACAAUACAGCAUCCAAUGGCCGCAAAUAUACCACCUACUCGUUAUCCAGACCAACUCAAAACCCUUCCAUUCGAAAACUACCCUCCGGUCUCGAAUCAGACAUCGCCCCCCCCUAGUAACAUGACCCACCUUCACCCAAGCCACAGCAUGGCUUACACCCAACCCAAUGGCAUAUAUCAAACUCAUCAACCACAGGAUAUAAUGACCAUGAAUAAUCAGGAUAUCUCCUGCAACAAUUCCAACAGCAGCAACAGUCCAGUGGCAGUUAGUGGUACGCCACCAAUGCCCGUCUUCAACGGAAUCACCGACAAUCUGAUCGAGGAAAGUCAGGAUUGGUGGAUGCGUGACCAGAGCGCAUUAGCGUUGGGAUUAGAGAAUUGGGGUGAAGGAUGGGCGGGAAAUCAGUUCAUGAAUCUGAAUAUUCCGGCUGGGUCACCUUCUACGCCUCAUGUAUCUCGUUCUGUGCAUCAGAAUCAGCAUCAUCUGUCUCUACAUCCGGACGGCCGUACUACAAUCGUGGAUAUGCAGCCUCACGUCACUGGCAGCGAAACACUAGGCAAUCUGCACAACAUGCCCCGAGACGGGAUGAAACAUGCUUACGGCUAUACAAACAUGCCUCCUCCGAAUUAUCAGUGAAUGACUAAUAUAUGCCUCUCAGAUGACCAUUGAUGAAGUCUAGAUUUAUUUCUAUUUAUGAUUAUCAAAAGCACUUUAGGACAUACCUACUUCUCGAUUUUUUGUAUAGAUGGAGUCAAGUGGGAAAUUAGAUAUGGGAGGCUUUACCAUGUUAAUAUGUUAUGUAUGUAGCGUCUGUUUGUUUAGGUU